UUCAACGCGCGUGGACGUUGAUGGAGCGACUGAGUGCAGACGUGGGGCUCUAGAAACACCGGCGGGUUUUCACAAUUAACGUCCCCAAAAGCCACAUUUCUGUUCCAUAAGGUGUAAGGUGUGUACGCUGGUGUAGGCUGCCAACUUAAACUUCAACUGGGAAUAAAGUUGGAGCAAGAACCAUGUUUCGCCUACUACGGACCGUCAACCAUGUAGAUGUUGCUACAACAUCUCGCAUCCACAAGCUAGUCACCACUCGAUCAAGAGGUCUGAAGACAACCCUCUUCCGAAGCGCGGAGGCUAAAGAUGCACCCCCACCUAAAGGUGUUUCAUACAGCAAUCUACAAAUCGGAGUACCUAAGGAAUCCUUCCUGAAUGAGAAGCGAGUAGCCUUGUCUCCAGCCGCUGUGAAACUCCUGACGAAGGAUGGCUACAAAGUCUCUGUUGAGGAUGGAGCAGGAGUGUCUGCUAACUUCCUCAACAAAGACUAUGAAGAGGCUGGGGCUGUUAUACAAGGGAGAAAGGAAGCUUUUGAGUCUGACAUCGUUCUCAAGGUACGUGCCCCAGCGUUGGACGAAGUGGAUCUACUCAAGGAGCGCAAGAAUCUCUACAGUUUCCUGUAUCCAGCUCAGAACAAAGAACUUCUGGAUAAACUGGCCACUCGUCAGUCCACAGUCUUCGCAAUGGACUGUGUACCACGUAUAAGCAGAGCUCAAGUAUUUGAUGCACUCAGCUCAAUGGCUAAUAUAGCUGGCUACAAAGCAGUCAUAGAAGCUGCCAAUAACUUUGGAAGGUUCUUUACAGGCCAGAUUACCGCAGCUGGGAAGGUUCCACCUGCUAAAGUGCUUGUUAUCGGCGGGGGUGUAGCUGGUCUAUCAGCCAUGGGAACAGCUAAGAGUAUGGGAGCCAUCGUCCGAGGGUUUGAUACACGUGCUGCUGUUAAGGAACAGGUGCAGUCCCUUGGUGCUGAGUUUCUUGAGCUUGAGUUUGAGGAAUCCGGCGAGGGUACCGGCGGCUACGCUAAAGAGAUGUCCCCCGAGUUCAUCGCAGCAGAGAUGGCGCUGUUCGCUAAACAAUGCAAAGAGGUUGAUGUCGUCAUCACUACUGCCCUCAUCCCCGGCAAGAAAGCGCCAACCCUCAUCACUAAGGAGAUGAUCGAAUCCAUGAAGGAAGGAUCGGUGGUCGUCGACCUCGCGGCCGAAGCAGGUGGUAACAUCGAAACAACCCGACCCGGGGAGUUGUAUAAGUACAAGGGGGUUACUCAUAUAGGUUAUUCUGAUUUACCAAGUAGAUUACCCACACAGUCUAGUACCUUAUAUGCUAAUAAUAUCUCUAAGUUAUUGUUGUCCAUGGGAUCACAAAAGCAUUUCAAUGUCGAUCUUGAAGAUGAGGUUGUACGAGGCUCCAUCAUUCUCCAUGAAGGUGAGAUGAUGUGGCCUCCACCACCCCCUAAGGAAGUCCCAGUCGCUGCGGCGCCAGUUGUUACAGCUGCUAAGAAAGAAGUAGCUCCGGUUGUAGCCAAUCCUUUCAGUGACACUCUGAAGAGUUCAUUGAUGUAUACCUUAGGGUUGACUUCACUGCACGGCUUCGGUGUAUUGUCUCCUGGUGCGUCGUUCAACACUAUGUUAACUACCUUCAGUUUGGCCGGCAUCGUUGGGUACCAUACCGUCUGGGGUGUCACACCAGCUCUUCACUCCCCUUUGAUGUCCGUUACCAACGCCAUCUCUGGCAUCACAGCUGUUGGUGGUCUGGUGUGCAUGAGUGGUGGCUACUACCCAGACAGCAUCGCAAGUUCUUUAGCGGCACUCGCUGCCUUCAUGUCCUCCAUCAAUAUCUUUGGAGGUUUUCUCGUGACCCAGAGGAUGUUGGACAUGUUCCGCCGCCCAGAUGAUCCACCAGAGUAUAACUACCUGUUCGCCUUACCUGCUGCAGGUGCGAUUGGUACGUAUAUGGCAGCUCAUGUGUCAGGGUAUGAUAUUCAGAAUGUUGGUUAUCUUGCCGCGUCUUUGUGUUGCGUCGGAGCCUUGAGCGGUCUCGCCUCUCAGAAGACCUCUCGAGUUGGGAAUGCCUUGGGUAUUACAGGAGUGUCUACUGGAAUGGUAGCAACUCUUGCUGCAUUGAAGGCAUCACCAGAGCUUUACACACAAAUGGCUUCAUGUAUUGGUGUCGGAGGUCUGAUCGGAACCAUCAUUGCAAAACGAAUGGCCAUCACAGAUCUGCCGCAGUUGGUUGCUGCUUUCCAUAGCUUCGUUGGGUUGGCUGCUGUCCUGACGUGUCUGUCAACAUACAUGAAUGAGGCGCAGCACUUUGCUCUUGAUCCAGCCACUGCGGCCAUGACUAAAGUAUUCUUGUUUCUGGGUACAUUCAUCGGUGGAGUAACCUUCACUGGUUCCCUGAUCGCUUACGGUAAACUUCAAGGUAUGUUGAGUUCCGAGCCACUGUUGUUGCCCGGCCGUAAUGCCCUGAAUGGUGGCAUGAUGCUGGCUAACGUUGGAGCCUUGAGCUACUAUCUGACCAAUCCAGGCUAUGCUGCUGAUAUGGGCUGCUUGACCGCGACCAGUGUUCUGUCCUCCAUCAUGGGUGUGACUCUUACGGCUGCUAUUGGAGGAGCUGACAUGCCUGUUGUCAUCACGGUCCUUAACAGCUACAGUGGAUGGGCGUUGUGCGCAGAAGGCUUCAUGUUGAACAACAACCUCAUGACAAUUGUCGGAGCUAUGAUUGGUUCAUCUGGUGCCAUCUUGUCCUACAUCAUGUGCAAGGCUAUGAAUCGUUCCCUUCCCAACGUCAUCUUCGGGGGUUACGGUACCGUCUCGACAGGCGGUGGUAAACCAAUGGAAAUCACUGGUACCCACACAGAGAUCAAUGACGAUACUGCUAUCGAUAUGAUUACCAGUGCCCAGAAUAUCAUCAUCACUCCGGGUUACGGUCUGUGCGUUGCUAAGGCUCAGUAUCCUAUCGCUGAGAUGGUCGAGCUCCUUAGCAAGAAGGGUAAGAAUGUAAGGUUUGGAAUUCACCCCGUUGCUGGUCGCAUGCCUGGUCAGCUCAAUGUCCUUUUGGCUGAAGCUGGUGUCCCAUAUGACGUUGUUCUUGAGAUGGAUGAGAUCAAUGAAGAUUUCCCCGAGACAGACUUGGUUCUUGUCAUCGGCGCCAACGACACCGUGAAUUCUGCAGCCUUAGAAGAUCCAAACUCUAUCAUCGCUGGCAUGCCAGUCCUCAGAGUAUGGGAUUCCACAAAUGUCAUCGUGAUGAAGCGAACCCUCGGUGUUGGCUAUGCGGCUGUUGACAAUCCAAUCUUCUACAAAGAGAAUACAUCCAUGUUGCUUGGCGACGCUAAGAAAUCAUGCGAUGCAUUGCUCACAAAGGUCAAAGAUUAUUACGCUAGCUAGAGAGGAACAACUUGCCAAUCAUACACAGACUCAGAUUUCUGAAAUUAUUGCGAAUCAAGAAGAGUAACAUGAAAUUUGUCAAACAAAAUUGUGUUUUGAUUCCAAAAACCAUAACCAUAAUUUUUAUGAAUCAGUGAGCAGCCUUCUGAUUGUAAUUUCACAGGAAUUAUUUAGAUAUUAACCGUACCUAUUUUAAGGUAUACUGACUGCAAGAUAAACACAUUAACAUACAGGCUGAAUGUAGAAGUGUUAACAACCACAAUCAUCGGUACACUUUUUGUUACAAAGACACCAUACAGUGUAUGAGCAACAGAUAAAUUUUGAGUAACUCUUUGCAGAUCUUGUAAUCAACAAGCACUUUUGAUUCAUCAUUGACACAGCAAUUGUUAAUUAA